CUCAGCAAGUGGCAAUUUCCAAAUGCCAAAUGCUGUGUGUGCAGCCUGUGCCACGAGCUAAGGGAGCACAGGAGCUUCUUGGUUGCUGCUGUGAUGCCAGGCAGGUCCAGCGCCGAGCCUUAGCUGCUGUACCCGGCACAGCGGAAUGUGGAUUUCGACUCGGCUCUAUUAUCUGAAGAAGAAUUCACAAGCGGCCUUAUCAGAAGGAGGAGCAUUCAAAUUGCCUGUGCUGCUAACCCUACAGUCUCUGCAGACUGGAAAUUUUGCUGUUUCAUUGUCAUCAGUGAGCAAUUGUGGUGCUGUGCUUUAGCACUUUUUCCACUGGAAAAUGGAAAUUAAGAGAGAUAUGGCAAAGUUGUUGUGGCUGCUGAUGUUCUUUUCUGAUAUUGUGCCAUUCAGCUGUGGGAAAGCAAUGAGAGAACGAGCUCUUGAGCUGAUGCAAGAUGCACGUUUGAUCGAUGGCCACAAUGACUUUGUACUGCAGCUGAGAAUACUUUACCAAAAUAGACUCAGUAGAGUCAACUUGAGGGAACUCAACAUGACCCACACAAACCUUGUGAAACUUCAGGCUGGUUAUGUGGGAGCUCAGUUUUGGUCAGUGUAUGUUCUUUGCAGCGCUCAGAACAAGGAUGCUGUGCGCCUGACCUUAGAGCAAAUCGAUGUUGUCAAGAGGAUGUGUAACAGCUAUGAAGAGCUGGAACUUGUGGUGACUUCCCAAGGUAUCUCUGAGAGCAGAAGGAUUGCAUGUUUGAUUGGAAUAGAGGGUGGCCACUCCAUUGACAGCAGUUUGGCAACGCUGAGGAUGUACUAUGACUUGGGUGUUCGCUACAUGACUCUAACACACUCCUGCAACACUCCUUGGUCUGAAUCAUCAUCUAAAGGAAUACACAACUUUUAUCCUAAUGUUAUUGGUCUGACUGCAUUUGGCCAAGAAGUGGUAAAGGAGAUGAAUCGCCUGGGUAUGCUGAUAGAUUUAUCUCAUACUUCAUACUCCACUGUAAAGGCUGCACUCAGUAUUUCAAAAGCACCAGUAAUUUUCAGCCACUCAGCAGCAUUUUCUGUUUGUAAUCACUCAAGAAAUGUUCCUGAUGAUAUCCUCCAGCAACUGAAAAAGAACAAGGGAAUUAUCAUGGUGACUUUCAAUGCAGAUGUACUGGCCUGUGGCAGAAAAGUCGUUACUAUUUCUACCCUUGCAGAUCAUUUUGACCAUAUAAAGGAAAUUGCAGGCUCAGAAUCAAUAGGAAUUGGUGGUGACUAUGAUGGAGUGGAACGCUUUCCCAAGGGAUUGGAAGAUGUCUCUAAAUACCCUUCUUUGAUAGAGGAACUUCUUAGAAGAGGAUGGAAUGAAACUGAACUGAAAGGAGUCUUAAGGGAGAACUUUCUCCGUGUCUUCAGGGAAGUAGAAAAUGUGCGGGACACUUUUGGAGUAAUGGACGUAGGUGAAAGUGAAAUUCUGCAAGAAGCACAAAAUUCCUGUCGCCUAGACCUACGUAAGCCUCAGCCACUGCCAUCCAGGUCCUUUGGGUAUUCUUCUGUGGCACAACCUUUUAGUCUGACAAUUGUAUCAUGCUUAAUGCUGUAUUAUGUAUCAUAAAAUCUAUGGAAUCUAGAGAAUACUCUGCAAUGCAACUACUUAUCUUUCUGUGGUUUGUUAAUGGAAAACUAUAAUAAAUUUUAAACAUAAUUUCUAUAAAUUCAUCUGCGUACUUGAAAAAUCAUGUAAAUUAUAAAUGAUGUAGCAGAAGUGUUUAGAAUUUCAAGUGAUAAAUUCUGUAUCACCUUGGCUGGACCAGGACCAA